AUGGCACCCGCAAGAGUUGAUGAGCUUUUCACACCGGCCACUAACAGCCAGCCCCCCGUCAGCAUCAAAUCCCAAGAUGGGGAAGGUCGCUUGAUGCACCGCUCCCUGGUCCAACACCCGUCAAUGGUUGAAUCAGCCAGCGGGGUAUACCUCCACCUGGCCAACGGCCAAAAGAUCAUUGAUGCCUGCGGCGGUGCUGCUGUUGCCCUGCUGGGCCACGGUAACGAGGAAGUCGUCCAAGCCGUCGCCGAUCAGGCCCGGAAAGUGAGCUACGUCCACACUCAGGCAUACACCACCGAACCCGCCGAGGAACUAGCCAACCUCAUUCUCGACGGCAAACCCCAUGGUCUGGAGAAGGCGUUCUUCGUCAGCAGCGGGAGCGAGGCUGUCGAGGCGGCCUUGAAACUGGCUCGUCAGUACCACUAUGAAAAGGGGCAACCCCAGAGAAUGCACCUUAUAAGCAGACGACAGGCGUACCACGGAAACACCAUUGCGGCCAUGUCCAUCUCCACUGUUGCGGCAAGGAAGGUUCCCUACGAAGGCUUCAGCUACCCCCACGUCUCCCACGUUUCGCCGGCAUACGCGUAUCAGUACCAACGCAACGACGAGGCCGAAGACGAGUACACGGCCAGACUCCUUUCGGAAGUCGAAACGGAGUUUCAGAGAGUCGGCCCCGGGAAUGUGGCUGCCUUUAUCGCAGAGACCGUGGUCGGUGCCACCGCGGGAUGCGUGGCGCCCCCUGCCGGCUAUCUCGCCGGCGUCCGCCGGAUUUGCGACACACACGGAGCCCUUCUCAUCCUUGACGAGAUCAUGUGCGGCACCGGACGCACCGGGACGUUUUUUGCCUUUGAGCAAGAGGGCGUUGUCCCCGAUAUCGUCACCGUCGCCAAGGGGCUGGGAGGCGGCUACAGUCCCAUCGCCGGCGUUUUGAUCCAUGAAAAGGUGGUCGCUGCCCUUCGACAGGGCUCCAACUCUUUCAGCCACGGACACACAUACCAGGCCCACCCUGUGGCCUGCGCCGCGGCCUUGGCGGUCCAGAAAAUUCUGAGGCGGGAUCACCUUGUAGCCCGCUGCGCUCGGCUGGGCAAGCAGCUCGAGGGCAUGCUACGGAGUGAGUUGACGAACUGCCGAUCAGUUGGCGAUAUCAGGGGUAGAGGGCUGUUUUGGGGAGUGGAAUUCGUCAAGGAUCGGGAGGCCAAAGAAACCUUCGAUCCCAAGACCCGGUUUGGGCUCCGUAUCCAAGAACGGGCCUUUGAGAAGGGUGUGGCUCUAUACCCUGGCGCUGGCACAGUAGACGGCUCAAGGGGUGAUCAUGUGUUACUCGCACCGCCGUUUAUAAUCACAGACGAGCAACUGAAGGAGGUCUGCAGAGUCCUCCGAGAAGCAGUCGAAGAAAUUGAGGCGGAAACGCUGUGA